AGUGCUGGAGUCGGCAAAACGAAAAAUUGUCUCUGAACCCUUUCCCUUUAAAACCAUCUGUUACACUGGCAAGAACUUGGUAUUAUGGAAGAAGGCGGUAACAUCAUUGCCCUAAUCUCAAAUCUGAGGGAGCAGGAAGCCGUCCUGAUUUCCGAAGCCAUCGUAAGCUCAUCCGCAGAGAACGCCGAUGACCCAUUAAAGGGUAAACCUGAUCCCCUCAUCCAGGUCAUCCAAAAGCUCAGCAAAAUUGUCAAAAGCGAAAAGUCGCAGAAAUGCGUUUUGAUCGGGGGGAAACGCUUGUACCCCGACACCCCCAGCCUUCCAGAGGCCCCACCCAAAGCCCUGGAAUUGCCUGCUCUGGGCACCAUCAACAUAGAAGACUAUUACACGAUGGACGAUCCUCCGCAGAGCAAGCGGAAGGUCCUUUGCUAUGAGUGCAGCCUCUGCAAGUCGGUGUCGCCCACUCUUCCCCUCUUACAGGAGCACAUCAAGCAACACGGUCAGCAGAACGAAGUCAUGCUCAUGUGCUCUGUCUGCAGUUUCACCACCCGGAGCGUAGAGGAUUUUGAAACUCACAUUCGAAGUCACCCGGAGAACAGCAGCAAAAUCCACGCCCUGUUGAAGGAAGAGCAUUGCAUCGGCCCUUCGGGCACCGCUUUGCCUGGGCCAGUCGAAAAAGUCAUCAUCGGCAGCGAUCAUGAGAUGACACCUCCCCAAGGGCCUGAGAAAGGGAGGCGGAAAUGGUACACUUACGAGCAAUACGGCAUGUACCGGUGCUUGAUUUGCAGCUACACGUGUGGACAGCAACGAAUGUUGAAAACGCACGCUUGGAAGCACGCGGGCGAGGUGAAUUGCUCCUAUCCCAUAUUCGAGGAAGAAAAAGAGCAGGCCACCUUGCCGGAUUCUGCCAUGUUGGAUACCGUCGUCCUGUCCCUCGACAAUAACGAGCCGGGGCUCUGCAAUAACCAGCCCGUACAACUUCGCAUUUGCAGCCCCGAGCCGGUGGCUUUCAAAACUGAAUCGCCCAUCAAAGAAGAGCCAUCCCUCGGUCAGCCAGCUGCGCUUUCCCCUGCAGACCAAUUAUCGGAGGAGAAGGCGUCGCAUGAAGAUCUUGAGGCGGAUCACUUGGGGGCUGACAGCUUGCUUUCUUCGGCCCAGAAAAUCAUCCACUGCAGCCCCAACAAAAAGGGCCAUGUCAACGUCAUUGUGGAGCGCCUGCCCAGUGCCGAAGAGCCCGUCUUGCAGAACGACGUCAUGGAUAAUGUCUUGCAUUACUCCGUGGGCGCCGCCCCCGAACACCCGCCGGCUGGGCGGGAUGCGUCGGAUGACGUUUAUCACAUGGAUAAGAAUUCGAUUGAAAUCGAAGAAGUUAUCAUUGGGUGGAGCAGCACGGAAAAGGCCGAAGAUAACCCGAAUCCCAGCCGGGCUAAAACGGCCGACGAAAAUGCUCCACCUGCCCGGCGGAGAACCAAUUCAGAGUCUUUGAGGCUGCACUCGCUCGCCGCCGAAGCCCUGGUUACGAUGCCAAUCCGAGCCGCGGAGCUUGCUCGAUCCAGCUUCCGGGCUUUCGCCGACGUCAACCCUUUAAGCUCAGAGGCUGGGCAGAGGCCUCCCGACGGUGGCUAUUUAGGCCAUUCUAAACGGAUUGCCUCCCUGAAGACGGAGGAACUGGGUAGCCUGAACCAAGAGGAAAGGGCUUUCGUGGAACUGCAGAAGGAUAAACCGGAGCUCCCCGAAGGCCCCAUUAAAAUGGGCAUCAGCAUGUCGCUGCUGACCGUGAUUGAGAAGUUGAAAGAGAGGACGGACCAGAAUGCCUCCGACGACGACAUUUUGAAGGAGCUGCAGGAUAACGUUCAGUGCCAACCGUCGGGGGAUGCCAGCGUGCUUGGGAGCAGUCUGGUGGAAUACAUCCCUGACGCGGAACGGCCCUUCCGGUGUCGCCUGUGCCACUACAGCAGCGGCAACAAAGGCUACAUCAAGCAGCAUUUGCGGGUCCAUCGGCAGAGGCAGCCUUACCAGUGCCCGAUUUGUGAGCAUGUGGCCGACCACAGCAAGGAUUUAGAAAGUCACAUGAUCAAUCACUGCAAAACCCGAAUGUACCAGUGCAAGCAGUGUGAGGAAUCCUUUCAUUAUAAGAGUCAGCUGCGCAGUCACGAAAGAGAACAGCAUUGUCUCACAGAUACAUAUGCAACCCCAACGUUUGACGGCUUAAUGGCUUGCAGUGAAGCAGAUGAAAGAGUUGGGGACAAGAUUUCAGUCCAGAAACUUUACCGUUGCGACAUUUGUGAUUACACAAGCACAACGUAUGUUGGCGUGAGGAAUCACAGACGGAUUCACAACUCGGAUAAGCCAUACAGAUGCCGCGUCUGUGACUUCGCCACCACAAGUAUGAAUAGCUUGAAGUGUCACAUGAGGCGCCACCCACAGGAGCACCAGGCAGUGCAGUUAACGGAGCAGUUCAAAUGUUCUCUCUGUGGAUAUGUAUGCAGCCACCCUCCUUCCCUGAAGUCUCAUAUGUGGAAACAUGCAAGUGAUGAAAACUAUAAUUACGAACAAGUGAAUAAAGCUAUUAAUGAUGCAAUAUCACAAAGCGGCAGGCUACUGGGUCAGCUUACUGGGAAGAAAGUAACCAAAACUUUGGAAGGCGAUGCCAUUCCUUUCACCAGUAGCUCCGAAGGUUUGUCUUUUUCAAACUCUCCUAAGCCGACAGCGAACAAAAUAAUGAUUUCUGACCACCAUCAGGAUCAACCUUCUACAACCAAUACCUCAAGCAAUUCAGAGAAGGCCGCAGGCCUGUCCUACCUGGGCUCAGAAUACUGUGUUCUGCUCUUCUGCUGUUGUAUCUGUGGAUUUGAGUCCACCAGCAAAGAGAAUUUGUUGGACCACAUGAAAGAACACGAGGGGGAAAUCAUCAACAUCAUUCUGAACAAGGACCAUGCAGCAACUCCAAGUAUAAACUAAACUCAAUGUUUCUCCACCUUGGCAGCU